UGCGCCAUAUCAGCUGUUUUGCCGGCCCGGUUUUUUGUCGAAUGUUUUCGUAACGCUCUUUUAAGUGUAGUUUAAUUGGUCUAAGUGAAAAACACUCGGUGAUUUGAUUCAGCUGUCAUGUGGACAAGAACGCAAUGCCUUUGGCGCAAUGUGGGUCGUUUGGGACGCCGCCAAUUGUGCGCCACGAGUGUUUUGCAGGCGAGGAUCUUUGCAGAUCGCGAGAAUCAAUACGCCCACAGCAUCCUAAUGGAUUCCCUUAAGCCCUACAAAAUCCUGCGCCCCAGAGAAUCCUCUUGUCUGGAUCUGCCCGCCUCAGAGAGCUUUAUGCGUCCCCAGGACGAUGCCAGUCCCGCCGAUCUCUACGAAAGCUUCCUGGGCCUCGUGAGCCACAGCAUCCGAAUGGAGCUGCAGAUCAGUGAUGCCCGCUACGACGCCUUUGCCCGCUGCUUCUGCGAGCAGCUGCAUCGCCUCACCGACGAACAGCUCCUGGGAUCGCUAAGUGCCUUAGCCGAGCUGCCGGCACCGGAAUCGCCUAAAACGCGCAACUACAUGGAACUGUGGAACACCCUGGACAUCGAGUGCUGCCGGCGCAUUGACCGUUGGUCCACCGAGCAGCUACUGCUCGUGAGCGACGCCUGGUACCGCCUGGGUCUGGUCAGGAUCGGGGAGUACGUGUGGCUGGCCCUCAAGAAGAUCGGACGCAAAGUGCGCAAACUGCCGCCAGAGCAGCUGGUCCACACCAUGUUCCUGUGCAACCUGCUGCGCCGACCCGUCUUCGAAAUGUUCGACUUCGAACUGAAUCUGGCGCGCUGCGUAGACCAAAUGACCCUGGCCGAACUGGGCGUGAUGGCCAUGGGUUUCUUCAAGACGCAAACGCCGAUCAGAAAUCCGGAGCUGCUGGCGCAGAUCUACCAGCGGCUGGGCGACGAGCUGGACACCGUGGAGGACAUCCCCCUGGUGGCGCUGCUCAAGGUGCUGCGGUACAGCAGCAAGUUGCCGCAAGUGGAGCCGCUCAAGCAGCUGCUCCGUGGCUUGGAGUCGCAGGUGGAGCGCGUCUCGCUGCUCGCCUGCCUGCACAUCGCGCUACUGGGCUGCGAACUGCAGACAUGCAAUGACACCCUGGUGGAACGCAUACUGCUGCGCUUCGAGCGGGAGUUGGACACCGCACGGCUGAAGGAUGUGGAGCGCAUAUGCCUGGUGAUGGCCCUCUUUAAUCUGAGCACAGAGUCGGGAGUGGAGCGUCGCUUGGCGGACCGGCUGCCCGAUUUGCUGCGCCAGCGGAUGGAGGAGAUCCUGCGGCACCCGCGCUGCUUUACCAACUGCCUGCAGUUCCUCACCAUGCGCGGCGUUUACGACCUGGAGCUGCUUGGCGUGGCGCUGGAGCCGCGCUUCGUGCAGCACGCCUACCGCAGCGGGUUGCCCGGCCGGGAGUACUUCCACCUAGACGGGUUCGCUCGACUCCUAGGUCCGCAGGAGUACCAGGGCGCACUGCUGAGCGAUCGACAGCGCCAGCAGAUGGGUCGCCUCUACACCCAUUACAUCCCCGAUCGGGAUGGCCGCUUCAAGUUGAACAGCACCGAUCGCAUUCUGGUGGAAAUAAAGGAUGCCGUAUCGCUAAUCCAUCGUCCCGUGAGCUUCAAGCACAUCCUGCCGCAGUACGAACGGUGCGACGUGGUGCUCUGCUACGACCACCGCCAGCGGAGAGCGUUGCCCGUGGACACGGAGGCGUGCCAGGAUUACAGCGGGGAGAUCCUCACACGCAGGCACCUACUUGGCGAAAGAGCGGCGGACGAACAGGUGGCCACUGUGGCUGUCGUAAUUGCGGGCUGGAACAACGUGAUCCGCGACAAGGAGCGGUUCACCGGCCAAAUGGAGAUGAAGCUAAAGCAGCUCCAGCAACUGGGACAUCAGCCUCUGGUGAUCUAUUGGCACGAGUGGCGGGAGCUGGAAAACUCUGCAGACCGCCAAGAUUUCCUCAGACGUCGCCUUAGCCAAGUGGCCAAGAUUUAGGACACCAUCAGCAACCAACGAC